UGUUUAUGUUUGCCUUAUCGAACUGAUAGCAGCGCCGCUGAUUGCCAAUUGUUAGACUUGUCUGAAGCGGCUCCCAGCCUCUACACUUCGAUUUAGUUCGGUUCUGAUUCUUGCCUGAUUUGCGAUGACUCGGCGGAGCUGGCUGCUGGGCUGCACCUACGCCAUUUGCUGGAUGCUCACCUGUGGCACGGCGCAGACUGGGCCUCAAGAAGACCCGCUGCAGCAGCAGCCGCGCAUCAUCAAUGGCAGUGUGGCCCGUUCGGACGAGACACGCCACCUGGUCUCCAUUCGCCUCCGGCGGCACGACAACAACUUUGGCAGUGGCCACAUCUGCGGCGGAGCUCUGAUUGCGCCCCGGAAGGUCCUGACCGCCGCCCAUUGUCUGUACAACAACCAGAGGAAGCGCUAUCGACGACCCGACGAGUUUGUCGUCGUCCUGGGCACCCUGAACCGCUUCGAGCGACGCAAUGGGACCCUCGUGUCCCAGGUGAGCUCCAUGGCCUACAUGCACACCUUCAGCCCGGACAGCAUGCGCGACGACGUGGGCAUCCUCUUCCUGCGCACCGGGCUGCCCUCCUCCUCCGAGGGCGUCACCCUCACCCCCGCCGUGGCCCCCAUCCAGCUGGCGGCUCAGGCCACGCCCCCUGGGAGGCUGUGCCAGGUGGCUGGCUGGGGACGCACGGAGCAGAGUUCCCUGUCCAACAUCCUGCUGACCGCCAACGUGAGCACCAUCCGGCACCAGACCUGCCGGAUGAUCUACAAGGCCGGCCUGCUGCCGGGGAUGAUGUGCGCCGGACGGUUGCAGGGCGGCACCGACUCCUGCCAGGGCGAUUCGGGCGGUCCGCUGGUGCACGAGGGGCGGCUGGUGGGCGUGGUCUCGUGGGGCUACGGGUGCGCAGAACCGGGUUUGCCGGGGGUCUAUGUGGACGUCCAGUACUAUCGCCAGUGGAUCGAGGAGCGCAGUGCAGCCCCGAGCUGCAGCAUUUCUGCCAGGCUGCUCAUACUGAUGAUGUGUUUGUGCUGGUGCUCUGGAUUCUGGGUACUCUUGUAAUGCUGUUUACCUUAACUAAAUAUUUAUGGAUGCUCUUGCAUUGAGUCUGUUCUUUCAAGGGAUCAAGGGAUUCAAGGGAUCUGCAACUAAGAAAGCCCAAAAAGAUAUUACACGAACUAUUGCAAACGUACAGCUGCGUUCAAAGUAAAAUAAGUGGGACAAUGUAGUGCUGAAAAACAUACUUUUAAGGCGUAAAACAACUUUUUUUAAUUUAUCAUAAUGCUUAUUUACCAAUUAACAAAAUUAGGUUUACAAAACCAUUUAUUGUUUUAGUUUAACUCCUUAAAAUUCACUUUUCAAUAUGCUGCAGCAAAUGAUUUUAUAAAAAUGAUGAAACUUUUUAUUUUGUAUUGGAACAAAAAUAAAUUAAAUAUCUAAUCUAUUUUUCAAAUUAACAUUUUUUUUAUUAUUCUUUAUUAAAAAUAUUUGAAUAUAUAUAUCUAUGAUAGAUUCGGAUACUUAUAUUUGCCCUAUUUAGUUUAUAGUACUUUAUUUCCAUUUUUGAAUGUUAUUUCCAAAAUCUAAAAGAGAACUGCAAUUUUGACCGCAGCUGUACACAGAUAUGUAUCUAUCGAUUUACUGAUUAAAGUCAUUUCUUUAAA